AUGACGUAUGCUGUCCAGAAAAAAAAAACAAUCAUGGCGGACUCUGAAACGGUGCCUCCUGUGUAUUUAGCAAUAGGAAACAUACCUGUUACCUUUCGCUCCGCAGAUUUGAGGAAUUAUUUCAGUCAGUUUAUAGAAAGCGGCGGUUUUCAGUGUUUUCACUACCGACAUCGACCGGAGCUCCUCCGGGAGAAGGAGGUGUCCGAGGACCGACCAGCCGACCAGGUACCCGACCAGGUAACCGACCAGGUGACGUCCACAGCAGACGGCCAGGUGGAGAGGCAGACGGUGAAGUCGUGCUGUUGUAUCGCCUCACUUCACCCUAAAGACGCCGACAGAUUCGUCAAGAUGUACGCUGGGAACCACUGGAUCGACUCCAAGGGGGACUGGCUGACCAGACGGUGUGUUGUUAACAGAGUAAAGGUUUCACAAGACCAAGAUGAUGGGUCAUUCCCCUAUAAAUCAAAGCACGAGCAGCGCCACCGGGUGUCCUUAACUGAGCGUUUCACAGAGGCAGACCUCAAAGGUUUAUCCGAGCUGAAUCCACCAGCUCUGAUGCAGAAUGGGAAUGUCGGCACACCAGUGAAAGUGUUCCUGCAGCUCAUCCAGUCCUGCCGACUGCCUCCGCGUCUCAUCCGCAAGUUGGGCCUCACUUUCCCAAAAACCAGCUCCAAUCGGCGUUACGGCAAUGUGCCUUUCCAUUAUCGGGACACUUGGACUCUUCCAGCCACAGAAGAGACUGUAGUAACAGCUGCUGGACAUGAAAUAUCAGGACCCGGCACUUUGGCUGCUCCAUACUCAAGACAGAGGAAGAAGCUAUUUAAUCACACAGCAACAGGAGAGACUGAUGAGCCAGAGAAUGAAGAGGAGGAAGAAGAGGACGCACAGUCAAAUGCGGAUGAUGAUGAUGAUUUCUGUGAGGAGUGGGAGCGCCACGAGGCUUUGCAUGAGGAUGUAACGAGCCAGGAGCGAAGCAAAGAGAGGCUGUUCGAAGAAAAGAUUGAGUUAAAAUGGGAGAAGGGCGGCUCAGGCCUGGUGUUCUACACUGACGCCCAAUACUGGCAGGAGGAGGAAGGAGAUUUUGAUGAACAAACGGCGGACGACUGGGAUGUUGACAUGAGUGUUUACUAUGAUAAAGAUGGAGGUGAUAUGGAUGCCCGUGACUACGUCCGAAUGCGGUAUGAAAAAAGGCUGAGGGAUGGCCUAGAAGAUAGAUCUGGAGACAGUCAGACCAUUGGCCGCUUUGAGAGGUUUACUAAGGGCUUUGGUCGUCGUUUAAUGGAAAAGCAGGGCUGGAAGGAUGGUGAAGGGUUGGGAAACAGUCAGAUUGGGAUUCCUGAUGCCCUUGAGGGUGACGGCCAACAUCCCAAUUGUAAAAGAGGCUUUGGGUAUCAUGGAGAAAAACUGGUCUUACAUUCUGUAAAAAAGGCCAGGACAGAUUUUCAUAUAACUACAAUGUAUGACAAACCCAAAAACAUCGAUGGAGGUGACACCUUGCUGAGACGUCAACCAAACACUAGUAUGAAGUACAGAGGCUGGCAGCCAGGUGGCACCAUUGGACCACGACGAUAACAGUUAAAUUAUUAUUAUGAGAUAGAUUUUGUACUCGCAUAUUUUUUCUGACUGUGUUAUUAAAUACUUUUUUGA